AUGAAUCUUCCAGGAGUAGAAAUACGAGUCGGUGGUAAAUACAGACUAGGCCGAAAAAUCGGUAGUGGCUCAUUUGGGGAAAUUUACCUUGGUACUAAUAUCCAAACAAACGAAGAAGUCGCGAUCAAACUCGAAAGAACCCAAACCCGGCAUCCACAGCUUAUAUAUGAGUCUAAAAUCUAUAGAAUCCUCCAAGGUGGCGUAGGGGUUCCCGUAAUCCAUUGAUACGGUAUAGAAGGUGACUACAACAUCAUGGUCAUCGACCUUUUAGGUCCAUCCUUAGAAGAUCUGUUGACCUUUUGUAAUCGAAAAUUUUCGCUCAAAACGGUUCUGAUAUUAGCUGACCAAAUGAUAUCAAGGGUGGAGUUUAUCCAUGCAAAGAACCUCUUGCAUCGAGAUAUUAAGCCUGAUAACUUUCUGGUCGGCCUUGGCAAAAAAGCUAACCAAAUCUAUGUUAUUGAUUUCGGAUUGGCCAAAAAAUACCGAGACCCAAAAACACAACAGCACAUCCCAUAUAGAGAAGGGAAAAAUUUGACGGGGACUGCAAGAUAUACGUCAAUCAACACACAUUUGGGUAUAGAACAAUCAAGAAGAGACGAUUUAGAAGGGUUAGGAUACGUUUUGCUAUAUUUUUUAAGAGGAAGUUUGCCAUGGCAAGGAUUAAGAGCAGCGGAUAAAAAAGAAAAAUACGAGAGAAUUAUGGAAAGAAAGAUGGCUACUACUGUAGAUCAAUUGUGCAGGGGACACCCCGCUGAGUUUUCGUUGUAUAUGAAUUAUUGUAGAGGGCUGAGGUUUGAGGAUAGGCCUGACUAUUCGUAUCUGAAAAGGAUGUUUAAAGAUUUAUUUUUCAGAGAAGGAUAUCAAUACGAUUUUAUUUAUGAUUGGACUAUUAUGAAUCAUGUAAAGCUUAUAUAGAGUAGAAGAGCUCCGGAAGACCAAAAAGCGCAGGAGAUUGAAGAAGUAAAGGGGGAAGAUAAUGAUCAGAGAAGACAAAGAGUUAGAGUUGUAAAUCAAUAA